AAAAAAAAGAGUAUCUGUUGGGGCACCAAAUGUACCGAACCCAAAUUAGAACAACAGUCAUCAUCUUCAUUAGUGAGCUAAGUUGUUCAAUCUCUCACCUGAAAACCCUAACCUUCUUCAACCUCCAAUGGCGCGUAGAUCUUCCCUCCUUAAACGAGCAGCAAUCGCCGUCGUAUCCGUCAUUGCCAUCUAUGUAAUUCUCAACGCCUCCGUCAGUCGUUCCCUCCCUUCCUCAUCCGAUCUCCCUCGCCAGCUAAUCCGUGAAGACGAUGAUGAAGGACGUGCUCCGAUUCAGCCUAAGGUUAGGGUUUACAUGUAUAAUCUCCCCAAGAGAUUCACUUACGGUUUAAUCGAUCAGCACUCAAUCGCUCGCGGCGGAAUCAAGAAGCCCGUCGAUGACGUCACUACGCUUAAGUAUCCGGGUCAUCAGCAUAUGCACGAGUGGUAUCUUUUCUCGGAUCUUAAUCGACCCGAAGUGGAUCGAUCCGGGUCUCCGAUUGUCCGUGUCUUGGAUCCUGACGACGCUGAUCUCUUCUACGUCCCGGUGUUCUCUUCCCUCAGCUUAAUUGUGAAUGCGGGUCGACCUGUUGAACCUGGAUCCGGUUACAGCGACGAGAAGAUGCAGGAAGGGUUGAUGGAGUGGCUUGAAGGUCAAGAGUGGUGGAGGAGGAAUGGUGGGAGAGAUCACGUGAUACCCGCCGGCGAUCCGAAUGCCUUGUAUCGGAUCUUGGACCGGGUCAAGAAUUCGGUUCUGCUCGUGGCGGAUUUCGGGCGGUUGAGGCAUGAUCAAGGAUCGUUCGUCAAGGAUGUGGUAAUACCUUACUCUCAUAGAGUCAAUCUCUUCAAUGGAGAAAUUGGAGUGCAGGAUCGCAACACAUUACUCUUCUUCAUGGGAAAUCGAUAUCGCAAAGAUGGUGGAAAAGUUCGUGAUUUGCUAUUCCAAGUUCUUGAAAAGGAAGAUGAUGUAACAAUAAAACAUGGAACUCAAUCCAGAGAGAACCGACGAGCUGCUACGAAAGGAAUGCAUACUUCAAAGUUUUGUUUAAAUCCUGCGGGUGACACUCCAUCUGCCUGCAGACUCUUUGACUCCAUUGUCAGUUUGUGUGUGCCCGUGAUUGUUAGCGAUAGCAUCGAGUUACCUUUCGAAGAUGUUAUAGAUUAUAGAAAGUUUUCGAUUUUUGUUGAGGCCAAUGCAGCUCUGCAGCCCGGUUUUCUGGUUCAGAUGCUGAGGAAAAUAAAAACCAAGAAGAUCCUGGAGUAUCAGAGAGAGAUGCAACCGGUAAGACGGUAUUUUGACUAUGACAACCCAAAUGGAGCAGUGAAGGAAAUCUGGCGUCAAGUCUCGCAGAAGUUACCACUCAUCAAACUAAUGAGUAACCGCGACAGACGCCUCGUCCUAAGAAAUUUGACCGAACCAAACUGCUCAUGUCUAUGCACAAACCAAACUGGUCGUAUCACUUCCAUUUAAACAAUCUCUUUGUCUUUUGGGAGAGACCUUUUGGACUGUGGAGGAGCUUGAACUCUCUCCUUGUCAACUUUGUGACCACCGAGACUCACACAAGCAGAUAUGCGCCUCCCUUGGCAUAACUUCUCCGGUAAGGAAACUGAGAGCACACGCAUGGCGACAGAUUCAUAAGGAAGAAAUAUUUGAAAUCAUUCUUCUUCUGUAGAUUCCUUUAGUUUUAUUGUUCUUGAUAGUGUUACAUUUUAUACGGACCCAACUGCCAUUCUUUUUUACUCUGUUACUACUGUACAUGUCAUAAAAGCGAAACACAACACAAAGCUUGAAUUAGUUCUGCGAAUAUUUAGAAAAUAUCAUAUUAUUUGUAAA